AUGAGUAAAAGAAAAAAAAUACGUAAAGGAAAGUCUCGUAAAAAAACUAAAAAUAUUAGACUAAAUACAAAGAGCAGUUAUAAUGUGCUGCAUGAACACAAUUACUUUCAUAUUAUUAAUAAAAAAGGCCGAUGGUUCAACAAUACUGAAAUUAUAGAAAUUGAUGAUGAUAAAUGUGAUUCUAUGCCAAAUAGGUGUAUAGCCAACAGUGAAAGUGAUGAAGAGGAUGAUACUACACUUAUGCCUCUUUCUCAUAUAUUGAAAAAAGAAUUUAAAAAAGACCUACUACAUGCGAAUAAAAAUAAGGAAUGCCCAUAUGAUUUGUUACUAUUAAAUGAAGAACAAUUGUAUACGGAAUCAAAUAAUACAAAUAAUCAUGAUUUGUCAAAUAAUUCUAAUGAUUCAAAUAAUAUAGUAAGUGAAAAUCUUGAAUUAAAUGAUGGAAAACAAUAUAAAAUAACGGAAAUAGUCCCAUUAGAUAAUGAUGCAACCAUUAUACAAAAUCAAAAUAUUACAAAUGGCACUGAAUUUCAAACAAAAUUGAGUAAUCAACCAUGUAUGAAACUUAUUGUUAAGGACAAUCAGCAUAAUGAAUUAUUAAAUGUUUCAAAGAAUACAAAAGCAAGAAAAGAUGAUAAAAAUUUGAAAAAUUAUUUAUUGAGCUCAUCUUUACAUCUAAGCAAUUCACUGUUUGCGAAUACAGCAAGUUCUUCAUAUGAUAAUGCUAAUUUUUCAAAAUCAGAUACACCUACAAACAAUGUGUGUCCACCAUUACAUUGGAUUCAUUUAAUAUAUUUAGCAAUAAAAAAUUCUGCUACCGAGAAUGUUACUUGUUAUGAUAUACAACGUUUAGUCAGAUGUUGGUUCCCCUAUUAUUGUAAAAAAUCAUAUGUUAAAUUUAUUCGUGUAAUAUUAAGUCAUAUUAAUCAUAACUGUCAAAAAUAUUUUCACUGUAAUUCAUUUACAAUUAUGAUGGACCAGGAUGAUACAUGGACAGCUAAUAAUAUUUAUAUAAAUACUUUGGAAGAUAGUUUGAUGAAAAUUGUUGAAAACCAUGAGGAUGAAAUAAAAUCAGCAAUGGCUCAUCCUAAUCAAUUAUCAACGAUAGUAAAAGGAUAUGGAACACUUUAUUUGGGAUGUAGCCAAAAUUCUAUCAAAGACUAA